UCCCAGGUGGAACGUGAGCUGCAGCCAUGGCCAAGUCAAAGAAUCAUACCGCGCAUAAUCAGAGUUACAAGGCUCACAGAAACCCCGUGAAGAAGAUCAAGAGUAGCCGUCAUCCUUCCCUGAAAGGAGUUGACGCCAAGUAUCUUCGCAACAUGCGGUUCUCGCGCAAACACAACAAGAGCACUGCCCAGCAGAAGAAGACCUUCGAGAGGAGGAAGGUAGAAGACAAGGGACAGAAGCGCCCGAACCUCGGUUGAUUCAUACAAUACACGCCUAUGAAAGCUC